GGUCGCGCCUCCCGCGGAGCCCGGGGAGCCUGCCCGACGCCGCGUCCCUGGCUCUCGCCCUGCGCUGGCGGGGAAGACUUUGACCUGCUCCGCCUGCGUUCCGAAGCUCACUCUGCAGUCGGGAAUUGACCGUCUGGGAAACUUGCUGCCGCUGGUCUCUACGGGGCCACCCUCACCCCACCCCACGCGUCAUCCUCGCUUUCCCUCCCUCCCUACUCCCCCAGGCCUGGGUGGGGCCCUAUUGUCUGCGCCCAGCUUGCCCAACUGUGGGGGCCGAGCUCACAUUUUCCCAGCGACGCGGGCCCCACCUGCUGAGCAGCCACCAUGGAGGUAAUGAACCUGAUCGAACAACCCAUCAAGGUGACGGAGUGGCAGCAGACGUACACCUACGACUCAGGCAUCCACUCAGGUGCCAACACCUGUGUGCCCUCCGUCAGCAGCAAGGGUAUCAUGGAGGAGGACGAAGCCUGUGGGCGCCAGUAUACGCUCAAGAAGACCACCACCUACACCCAGGGGGUGCCCCAGAACCAAGGUGAUCUUGAGUACCAGAUAUCCACGACGGCCAGAGCCAAGCGGGUGCGGGAGGCCAUGUGUCCAGGUGUGACAGGCGAGGACAGCUCAUUGCUGUUGGCCACCCAGGUGGAGGGACAGACCACCAACCUGCAGAGACUGGCUGAGCCAUCCCAGCUGCUCAAGUCGGCCAUCGUGCAUCUCAUCAACUACCAGGACGAUGCGGAGCUGGCCACCCGGGCCCUUCCCGAGCUCACCAAACUGCUCAACGAUGAGGACCCGGUGGUGGUGACCAAGGCGGCCAUGAUUGUGAACCAGCUGUCAAAGAAGGAGGCAUCCCGCCGGGCCCUGAUGGGCUCCCCCCAGCUGGUGGCRGCUGUGGUGCGCACCAUGCAGAACACCAGCGACCUGGACACGGCCCGCUGCACCACCAGCAUCCUGCACAACCUCUCCCACCACCGCGAGGGGCUGCUCGCCAUCUUCAAGUCAGGCGGCAUCCCUGCCCUGGUCCGCAUGCUCAGCUCUCCCGUGGAGUCAGUCCUGUUCUACGCCAUCACCACCCUGCACAACCUGCUACUGUACCAGGAGGGUGCCAAGAUGGCAGUGCGCCUGGCAGAUGGGCUGCAGAAGAUGGUGCCCCUGCUCAACAAGAACAACCCAAAGUUCCUGGCCAUCACCACCGACUGCCUGCAGCUCCUGGCCUACGGCAACCAGGAGAGCAAGCUCAUCAUCCUGGCCCAUGGAGGACCCCAGGCACUUGUGCAGAUCAUGCGGAACUAUAGCUAUGAGAAGCUUCUCUGGACCACCAGCCGCGUGCUCAAGGUGCUAUCCGUGUGUCCCAGCAAUAAGCCUGCCAUUGUGGAGGCUGGUGGCAUGCAGGCCCUGGGCAAGCACCUGACCAGCAACAGCCCCCGCCUGGUGCAGAACUGCCUCUGGACCCUGCGUAACCUCUCGGAUGUGGCCACCAAGCAGGAGGGCCUGGAGAGUGUGCUGAAGAUCCUGGUGAACCAGCUGAGUGUGGACGAUGUCAACGUCCUCACCUGUGCCACGGGCACCCUCUCCAACCUGACCUGCAACAACAGCAAGAAUAAGACUCUGGUGACACAGAACAGUGGCGUGGAGGCGCUCAUCCAUGCCAUCCUGCGYGCUGGCGACAAGGAUGACAUCACAGAGCCUGCUGUCUGUGCCCUGCGCCACCUCACCAGCCGCCAUCCUGAGGCYGAGAUGGCUCAGAACUCCGUGCGCCUCAAUUACGGCAUCCCAGCCAUUGUCAAGUUGCUCAACCAGCCAAACCAGUGGCCACUGGUCAAGGCAACCAUCGGUCUUAUCAGGAAUCUGGCCCUGUGCCCGGCCAACCAUGCCCCCCUGCAGGAGGCGGCCGUCAUUCCCCGCCUUGUCCAGCUGCUGGUCAAGGCCCACCAGGAUGCCCAGCGCCACGUGGCUGCAGGCACGCAGCAGCCCUACACCGACGGUGUCAGGAUGGAGGAGAUUGUGGAGGGCUGCACUGGAGCCCUGCACAUCCUCGCCCGGGAUCCCAUGAACCGCAUGGAGAUCUUCCGGCUCAACACCAUCCCCCUGUUUGUGCAGCUCCUGUACUCGUCGGUAGAGAACAUCCAGCGUGUGGCCGCCGGGGUCCUCUGCGAGCUGGCCCAGGACAAGGAGGCAGCCGAUGCCAUUGAUGCCGAGGGGGCCUCUGCCCCUCUCAUGGAGCUUCUGCACUCUCGCAACGAGGGCACUGCCACCUAUGCUGCCGCUGUCCUGUUCCGAAUCUCUGAGGACAAGAACCCAGAUUACCGCAAGCGCGUGUCCGUGGAGCUCACCAACUCCCUCUUCAAGCACGACCCCGCCGCCUGGGAGGCUGCCCAGAGCAUGAUCCCCAUCAAUGAACCCUAUGCUGAUGACAUGGAUGCCACCUACCGCCCCAUGUACUCCAGCGAUGUCCCGCUUGACCCUCUGGAGAUGCACAUGGACAUGGAUGGGGACUACCCCAUUGACACCUACAGCGACGGCCUCAGGCCCCCCUACCCCACUGCGGACCACAUGCUGGCCUAGCUGGCCCCACCCAGUACGGCACCUGCUGCCUCACGGCCCUACGCCUGCUCACAGGCUGCCGAGGUGCCUGUUUCUCCCUCUCAUGAACCUCCUUCUGAUGGGAGCCCUCCAUUUUCUCUGCUGAAACCUUGGCUUCUGUUUCGGGGGGAAGGAGUAUGGGAGCCCCUUGCCGCUGAGCUUCCCAAAGUAAGGCAUGCUCUGGCUGCCUCCUCCUUGUACCUUUGCUUGGGGCUGGAGUCCUGCUCCUUCCAGCCUCUUCUUUCUAAGGAAAGACAACUGGCCCUUCUGGGGUGGUGGGCGAGUGUCAUGGGAGUGGCCUGAGCUUCUGGGGGACACCCAGUCCCUGGUCCCUGGGUCUGUGCCCCUGRCAGAUGCGGUUCCUCGCCUGAGAGGCUCUUGUGCAGGUGAUGGGGUGAGACAGAAAAGUGCCUGAGCCGUGGGAGCCCGGGCUGUGACUUCCUGCUGGACUCCACGCCUUCCGAAGUCCUCCCAGGGUUUCUUGGGAUGGUGUUCUGCCCCUGCUUUUCUGUCCUGGGCUGUGGGUUCAGGGCCCGCCUGACCUCCCUGCCCCACUUCUGUGGCCGUGGCCGCUAAAGCUUUAGAUUCAGCCGCCCACCCUGUGUCUCCCAGCAGCCCUCCUGACCUGUUURUCCCCAGUUGCCUGGACCCUUCUCUGGGUCAGGUUUUCUCACCAAACUCCCCUGACCCACUGCUCUGAGGCCCCAGGGUCUCCAGGACCCAGGCUCAGGGCCCAAACCCCUGAAAUCCAAAGCUUCUUUUGAAAAAUUCAGGGACCUUCCAGGGAGACAGGAUGGAGAUGCAGAAAGUGAAUCCCCUACUCUAACGGACGUCCACCGAUCUCUCUAGGAUCCUAAAUUGGCUUCUGCCCCUCCUGGAGAAGCUCUGGGGACAUCUCCCACCCUGACCCCCCCACUGCCCCAGCUGACCCCCAGAAGUGCUCUUGCUGACCCCUCUGGUGUGCGGUGAGGGGCUUUCUCUUCCCUUCCAGUUUCAGACUCCCCUACCAUUCCUUGCACAUGGGUAUGGGAGGGURGCAGGGGUCCCAGCCGAGAGUGUAUUAUUAUCGCUUUAUGUUUUUGGUUAUUGGUUGUUUUUGUAUAGACCAAAGCAAAGAAAAUAAAAGUAACACACAGAUCCGGUGGGAACCACUUAGGGGUGGGGUAUGGGGAAGACAGGAGAGGAGGGGCCUUUCCUGUUUCCCUCCUUGUCUGGACCCUUGUGUCCUUGUGGCUGCCUGAGGUGUGGGAAAGACAGGGCAGGAACCAUGGGGGAGAAGGGAGUGUUGGAGGAGUCAGUUUAAUCCCCACACAGCUGCAGGGCUGCAGCUUAGAACCUUCCAAGGCGAGGACAGGGCAAGACAUGUCAGGGGUGAGUCCCGCCCUCAGGGACGCCAGGCCUUGKUCCUCUCUAAUGGCAAGCUCCUUUCUGGCCUCUGCCUCCAGCCCUGCUUUGUGUGCAGAUAUUGUGCUCCCUGUGGCCUCCGGCUUGGUUCUCUGCCCCUCUGGUCUGCAGUGGGCCCUCCCCAGCUCCUGCCUACUCCCCACUGUGUCCCCUGCUGCCAGCUCUGCCCUCAACCAUGUGGUGCCAGCGGGCAUCUUCUAUGCUGUCUCCUGCUACCUGGUCUUUGCUUGUGCACCCCCACCUGCCUGGCCUGCCUUCCCCUUCUCAUCCAGUGGCAUGUGACCCCAGGAACAACCCCAGACUGAGCUGUGCACCUUUUCUUCCAUGCUCCCUGGUGGUACAGACUGUCAUUUCACCCGUCACGUUGGUCUGUUAGCUUUACGUUGACAGUUCCCCACCCACAGUGCUGGGUUCUUUCUGAGGUGGGCUGGUCCCAAGGCACCCGGCACACCUGAGACCAGGAGGUACUUGUGGCUGCGCUUGCAGGGCGGGGUGCCUGCUUUCUACACCUGGCUGGAGUCKGUCAGGGCUGGCUGGGCCAUGGAGCCUCAGUGGGAUGGGGUGCUGGACCAGAGGCAGGCAGCCUGGUUAGGAGGUGGCAGGAUGGUCCAAGCACAGGGGAUGACACACUGAGCUGAGCUCUGCUGACAAGAACCUUUGGAGGGGAGAGGGGACAUAGUGUUCAGGGGCCAAAAGGAGGGAAUUAACAGUGCUUAUUAUCUGUACUCCAUGUUCAGGACUUCGGCAGAAAACACCUGAAUUGGGAAAUUUGUGAACUUGGUAGAGGGACAAUCUACAAAUAUGUGGGUGGUAUAGUAUAGAGCCAGGAAGAGGACAGUACCCUGGGCUAGUUACCGUGGCCUCACCAGCUGGAGCCUGAGGCAGGAAGUGGGGAAUGUGUACUGGGAGCAGGACCCUGAGGAUGAGGCUCCUGACAGGAAGCUGUGACCUCAAUUCCUCCUGCUGGUGAUUGCUGUUGGCCAAACUCAGGCAGAAACCAGAAAGCCCAGCRCAGCGUGGAGAAGAGCUGGAGAGACCAAAAAAGACACCCAGCCAACUACCACCCCAUCUUUCCAAAAGAGGACUCGCUGUUGAAAGGAUUAAGCCUCCUAACAGAAAAUGGAGGCAAGGGAAGGGAGGGGGCAGGAAGCAGCUGCAUGUCGAAGGUUGAUUCUACCCAUGAUCAAGCUUCACAYGAGGCUCUGAGCUUCCUGG